AUGGCAACCGAGGCCAUGCGCCGAAUGUCAGCCCAAGACGAUAUCGAGACGCCGGGUGUCAUUGCCGGUGCGGUACGAAGCGUCGGCCAAGGGUCAAUCGUCAUUGUUGGAAGCGGGGCGUCUCGUCGCGGCGUGCCUGGGAUGGCUGCGUACACGGCUUCAAAACACGCUGUUCUCGGACUCACUAGGUCGUGGGCACGGGACUUUCCUAAGCUACGCGUGAACUUGGUUGCUCCAGGUGCCACUGAUACUCCGCUGGCUGAAACUAUUGUUGCCGGCGCGCCACAAGAUGACCCUAGCGUUGCCGUGGGUAAAGCACAAGUUGCAUUGAUACCCAGAGGAAGGAUGGCGUAUGCGACUGAUAUUGCGGAUGUUAUCAUCUUCCUACUUUCUGACUGGUCAAGCUUCAUGACCGGGCAGUGCUUGCCAGUAAAUGGCGUGAAUUCGUAG